GUCCCGCCGCUCCUCUCCCGCCGGAGCGGGCCGGGCGGCCGCGGGGCGGGACCGCCCCCUGUCCCCGAGGAGCCCGGCCACGCUCUCUUCCUCCUGCUUCCUCCCUGUGGUGGCUGGGCUAUUUCUCCCAUGACUCUCUACGUCUAGACCUGGCUGUCCGUGCCUUUGCCAAUCACACCCGAGCUUCCUCCUCUAACAGUGAAGAGCGGGGCUCCUCCCCUUCUGGGUCACUUUUCCUCCUCUCACCUUGACACCAAGCCAACUCUGCUUGUGCCUCCCUGUGCCCUUCGCCCCUUCCCCGCCCGUCCUGGGUAACCGUCACCCAUGGACGACUCGGAAGUGGAGUCAACCGCCAGCAUCCUUGCCUCUGUCAAGGAGCAGGAGGCGCAGUUUGAGAAGCUGACACGGGCGCUGGAGGAGGAGCGGCGCCAUGUCUCAGCCCAGCUGGAAAGAGUGCGGGUCUCCCCACAGGACGCCGGCCCGGGCUUGGCCAACGGCACACUCUCCCGGCGGCACCAGAACGGCCGUUUCUUGGGUGAUGCUGACCUGGAAAGACAGAAGUUCCCAGAUCUGAAGCUCAACGGACCACAGGACCACAGCCACCUCUUGUACAGCACAAUUCCCAGAAUGCAGGACCCGGGCCAAAUCGUAGAGGAGACGUACACCAUGGAGGAGGACCCAGAAGGGGCCAUGUCUGUUGUGUCUGUGGAGACAUCAGAUGAUGGGACAACCCGACGCACAGAGACCACGGUGAAGAAAGUGGUGAAGACUGUGACCACCCGAACAGUGCAGCAGGUCCCCAUGGGGCCUGACGGGUUACCCUUGGAAACUUCACCUGUCACAAGCAACUACGUCCAGACGAUGGACAGGAACUUCCGCAAGAAUGGCAACGGUGGCCCUGGCGGCUACCUGAACCACCCAGGCACGGCCACGCUUCCUCGCAACUACCAUUACCCUGAUGGCUAUGGCCGCCCCUAUGACGACAGCUACCCGGGCAGCGAUCACAGCUAUGGCAGCCUGUCCCGUGUCACCCGCAUUGAUGAGCGCUAUCGCCCAUCUAUGGACGCUUACCGGGCCCCCAGCCGCCAGGACAUCUAUGGCCCUCAACCUCAAGUACGUGUUGGGGGCAGUAACAUGGACCUCAACCACUUCCACCCUGAGCCAUAUGGCCUGGAAGAUGACCAGCGCAGUGUGGGCUUUGAUGAUGUGGACUACGGGCUUAUGUCUGACUAUGGCACAGCCAGGAGAGCAGGGACACCAUCUGAUGCUCGACGUCGGCUCAGGAGUUACGAAGACAUGCUGGUGGAUGAAGUGGCUCCCGACCGGUACUACUGGGCCCCCCUGGCUCAGCAUGAGCGGGGCAGCUUGGCCAGCCUGGACAGCCUGCGGAAAGGAGCACCGGCUCCGGGCAACUGGCGUCAGCCAGAGCUGCCAGAGGUGAUAGCGAUGCUGAGCUUCCGCCUGGAUGCUGUCAAGUCCAAUGCAGCUGCUUACCUGCAGCACCUGUGUUACCGUAAUGACAAGGUGAAGACAGAGGUGCGCAAGCUGAAAGGCAUUCCAGUGCUGGUGGGGUUGUUGGACCACCCCAAGAAAGAGGUGCAUUAUGGUGCCUGUGGGGCUCUCAAGAACAUCUCCUUCGGCAAGGACCAAGACAACAAGAUUGCCAUCAAGAACUGUGACGGGGUGCCUGCUUUGGUGCGCCUGUUACGGAAGACCCAUGAUAUGGACCUUACAGAGGUCAUCACAGGAACACUGUGGAACCUGUCUUCACAUGACUCCAUCAAGAUGGCCAUUGUGGAUCAUGCACUGCAUGCCCUGACUGACGAGGUCAUCAUCCCCCGCUCAGGCUGGGAGCGAGAACCCAACGAGGACUCAAAACCCCGCCACAUUGAGUGGGAAUCAGUACUCACCAACACUGCUGGCUGCCUUAGGAAUGUGAGCUCAGAGCGGAGUGAAGCCCGUCGGAAGCUGCGAGAAUGUGAUGGGUUGGUGGAUGCCCUGAUAUACAUCAUCCAGUCUGAGAUUGGCCAAAAGGACUCAGAUAGCAAGCUGGUGGAGAAUUGUGUGUGCCUGCUGAGAAACUUGUCUUACCAAGUCCAUCGUGAGAUCCCCCAUGCUGAGCGCUACCAGGAGACUCCUCUGGUCACCACCAACAAUGCUGGGCCCCAUGCUGCAAGCUGCUUUGGUGCCAAGAAGGGCAAAGACGAAUGGUUCUCCAGAGGUAAAAAGCUUCCGGAAGACCCUGGUGCAGAUACAGUGGAUUUUCCCAAAAGAACAACUCCAGCCAAAGGCUACGAGCUCCUCUUCCAGCCAGAAGUGGUCCGGAUAUACAUCUCCCUGUUAAAGGAAAGCAAGACUCCACCCAUCCUAGAGGCUUCAGCAGGAGCAAUUCAGAAUCUGUGUGCUGGCAGUUGGACAUACGGCCGCUACAUCCGCUCAGCACUCCGCCAAGAGAAGGGACUCUCAGCCAUUGCUGACCUCCUGACCCAUGACAGUGAGCGUGUGGUGAAAGCAGCGUCUGGAGCCCUCCGCAACCUGGCUGUUGACUUACGUAACAAAGAGCUGAUAGGUAAACAUGCCAUCCCCAACCUAGUGAAGAACCUGCCUGGAGGCCAGCAGACUCCAGCCAAAAACCUCUCUGAGGAUACAGUGGUGUCCAUCCUCAAUACCAUCAACGAAGUCAUUGUAGACAACCUGGAGGCUGCCAAGAAGUUGCGGGAAACGCAGGGGAUUGAGAAGUUGGUGCUCAUCAACAAAACUGGGAACCGCUCAGAGAGAGAAGUGCGAGCAGCUGCCCUCGUCUUGCAGACAAUCUGGGGAUAUAAAGAGCUGCGGAAGCCCCUGGAGAAGGAAGGCUGGAAGAAGUCAGAUUUCCAGGUGAACCUUAGCAAUGCCUCUCGGACACAAGGAGGAAACUCAUUUGAUGACAGCACCUUGCCUCUCAUUGACAGGAACCAAAAAACAGACAAGAAAUCCUCCCGGGAGGAGAUCCAGAUGAGCAACAUGGGACCAGACAACUAUUCCACACUUAACGAGGUGGACCACAGCAGGACACUGGACCGACCUGGUGAUCUUGGAGACACGGAGCCAGUGAAGGCAGCACCGUUGAUGCAGAAGAUCUAGCUGCUACCCCUGCCUCCGCUCAGUUUGGUUGAUAAUAUAUUUUAUAUAUAUAAAUAUAUAUAACUCUUCGUGGUGGAAUGGACCGAAUUUUUUUCAACUUUUUUUUUUUUUUUGCUGGACUGUUUGUGCCAACUAGCCAGCCAAAUGACUGGGCCUGGUCCCACAGGAGGCAGCCCAGGCUGCUCUGCCUCCUCUCGGUGGCUGCAUCUCCCUGUUCUGGGACAGCUAUCAAUAACUCUUCCUCCCUGUCCUCCACCACUUCCCUUCCUUCAGAGAGGAGGCCCUCCUGCCUGACUGCCUGCGCCAACCAGCAAGGAUGCUGCAAAACAAUUCCAGACCUCUGCCUUGACCAGGAACUGCCUUCUCUGCCUCACCUUCCUUCUGCUUGGAGUCUACUGUGGGGACAGCGACCAAGACCUUACUUGCCACCUUCCUUUGUUGCCUAUAGGAUAUUUUUCUGUGUGUGGGAUCACUCUUGUGCUGAGGCUGCAGGGACAAGAGCAUCCCUCCCUGGCAGCAGCAGGACUGGGAUGCGAAGGAGGCUAGAAUCACGGGGGUGUUGGUGGAAAGGAGAAGCAGCAGUAACUCUUCUUGCUUUGCUCUAGAUGAGGCUUUGGGGGUGUGGGAAGAGGGAUCUAUCCUAGCUUUGACUGUUUGGCCUGGCUCUGGAUCCUGCUGCGGGGAACAGGGGUCUGGAUGGGGCAAUUGAAAAGAGGAGGGAUCCUUAUGUAGGGGAAGGGUCUGUGUGGUGCGUGUGGGGCAGGCCUCUGCCCUGGGGGUGAUCUUUCCCUGGGGAAGGAGUAGGGUAGGAGGAGUAGCAGCAGGGCUUUCGGGGCCGGAUUUCUUUGGGAACUGGCUGAAGUAGCGGUGGGUCUGCGAGGGCGUGCGCAGCAGGUAGGGCCUGGAUCCCAGCCACCCCCAUACAUCAGCUGCCUGUGGCAGUGCUCCCUCAGACUUCUCUUGACAUGUGCCUUUCUUUUGCCACUGUGAAAUAGCUCUUUGAAUUGUACUGUUUGGCUUCGCUAGGGGAAGCGGUGUUCCAGGCUGCUGGUGGGGCUGAGCUGGAAGCCCAGCAGGGAGGAUCCCAGCCCUGCUGCCUUUGGCUGCCACUGCUGAAUAGGGAGCAGGGCUCUCCCCUCUCUCCUGUCCUGGGGAGCCCAGGCUGUCCUGGGAGCAUCUCUGUGGUGGUGGGGGUGUGUUUGGUGCUGUGAUAUUCUGGGUGAAUAGGGGGAGGCUUAGGCUCACUGUGCAACUGGAAGCCUCUUUGCAAGGCUGCAAACUGGAGAUGGAGCCCUCCCCAGUACGCACACUUGUGCCUCGCUCUUCCAGCUCCAGCCACACCUCAGCUCCGUUUGGUUUUGUUCUGGGGGUCUAACUUCUCUUUUUCCUUUAAAUAUGUAAAACACUAAUUCCUUUUAAUUUUUUAAU